AUGUCUACAUCAGACGAGAGGGACCAGUUCCUGGUGACAUUUGGAGACUGGCUGACUGACAUUAGGAAUCAAUGCUUAUCGCAUGAUCUUGGACAGCCCUUAGUGGAAGUGCGUACUUCCAGUCCUGCAAGUACGGUUGACCUACAAAGUAGUGACGAGUCCUUUAAUGAGUCUGCUAUUGAGUUGAUGAACAUGGAUUUUUUGGACCAAAGUGAUGCGGAGAUUGGGAUCAUGAAAGAAGAUGACACUGCAGCCAAAGGCAAACAUGAAAAUGAAGCUCAACAGAAAUACUUGGGUUUAUUUGAUGUCCACAUCGAUAAUUUGGUAGCACCUACACCAAAAAGAACGUCAAGACUGCUUGACCUGCAGCAUGUCAAAUUUCUGAUGGAUUCGUUCCAGUCCGGAUUCACAAACCAGCUUACCAUCCUAGUGGGUAUGGUACCAGAACGAUGUGAUACAACCAUGUUAAAGACAAAAGGUGCAGUUCAAGUUGAGACGCUAGGUGGAAAUCACACCAGGGAAGCACUUCAAUCUCUCAUCAGAAGAGGACAAAGCAAGCUCUCCACUGUCAAAGUAAAUGUAUACUCACUGCUAUCUACUGCGACUGCAUUGACGGUGGGGUGGCAACAUAAUGUUGUACUUCAAGAAAAGCAGAAGCCCAUCACGUUUGUAGACAAAGUAAGAUUGAUGAGACAGGUUCGGCCUUCCAAUCCCCUUACCCCCGCAGACAUGAAAUCCUGGAAGGGGCUACUAUCAUCAAUUUUCCAAGUGAAGGACGUGAGACGGUUCCAGCAAGUGUAUGGGAUUCACCUGAAAAUGGCUCAGCUGGACCAGAACAUCUGGGCCAUGGUGGAGGAUGUGUCAGAAUCUGCCAUUAAAAUAACCGAAAAGUUUUUCCGGCCGUUAGUCAAAUUGUCUGACGUUGAAGUAAAAACAUGUCUGGAAAUCCUGAAAAGGCUAGGUCUGGCAGAAUAUAACAAGAAAGUGAAGGAAUUUUCACCAGCAUCAUCGAAAAAGCGGAAAAUUGAGGAUGGGUCUACCUGUGAGAUGGAAGAAAGAAAUCAAUAUGAAGAUCUGCUUGAGAAGUACAACCAAAUGGCCAAAGAUUUCAGGGCAUCACAAGACAGGUGUUCCGUGCUGGAGAAUGAAAAUUCCGAAUUGAAAAGUCAACUUGCCAAACAGUCUACACAGGAUCACAAGAAAACUGGAAAGACAACAGAGACCAUCGAGGAACCAAUAGAAGCCUUCUGGCGAUUCGAUGAUGGCAAAGAAGAGUGGCUUCCCGCAAAGCUCAUUAAAAGAUAUGCGAAUGGUGACUGUUCAGUGCAGUUCAGCGAUGGGUUUAGCCGCAUCAAGUCAUCGUGGGUGAGGAGAGUUGGAGAUCUCUAAUGAAGGACUGCAGUUAAAUUCAAAUGGACCAGAGACCUGGCUCUUGUAUAAAUAUUGUUGCUUUUUUUUAACGUGUAAACUUCUUUUGUCAUAUUUUUUUUUUAAUGUUACUAUUAUUAUUGAUAGUAGUAGUCCACCAAAAUAACCUGCAGAUGAAUUUGUAAAAUAGAGUUGGUUGUAUCCAUUUGUUGAACUGGCGUUCUUCCCUUCCCCCCACCCCCAUCAUAUUAUUCAAAGCAUACUGAACGCUACACUAUGUACAAGUGAGUUUUUUAUGUCCCCCACUAUAGUAGUGGGGGACAUAUUGUUUUUGCCCUGUAUGUUGGUCUGUUGGUCUGUCUGUUGGUCUGUCUGUUGGUCUGUCUGUUGGUCUGUCUGUUUGCGCUAACUUUAACAUUUUGCAAUAACUUUUGCUAUAUUAAAGAUAGCAACUUCAUAUUUGGCAUGCAUGUGUAUCUCAUGAAGCUGCACAUUUUGAGUGGUGAAAGGUCAAGGUCAUCCUUCAAGGUCAGAGGUCAAAUAUAGAUGGCCAAAAUUGCUCAUUUUAUGAAUACUUUUGCAAUAUUGAAGUUAGCAUUUUGAUAUUUGGCAUGCAUGUGUAUCUCAUAGAGCUGCACAUUUUGAGUGGUGAAAGGUCAAGGUCAUCCUUCAAGGUCAGAGGUCAAAUAUGUGGCCCAAAUCGCUUAUUUUAUAAAUACUUUUGCAAUAUUGAAGAUAGCAACUUGAUAUUUGGCAUGCAUGUGUAUCUCAUGGAGCUGCACAUUUUGAGUGGUGAAAGGUCAACGUCAAGGUCAUCCUUCACAAGGUCAAGGUCAUCCUUCAAUAUCAAACGUCAUAUAGGGGGACAUUGUGUUUCACAAACGCAUCUUGUCCAUUUUGAUUUUCAUGUGUGUUCGCGACUUUAAAUGAGUAAUAUUGAUUUGAAAAGAUAAAAAUAAAUGGCACUUUACUACUUUUACUAAAAAGCAGUGGUAUUGCAUUCAUUGCGUACAUAUUUUUAAUCUUUGUAAUUUGUUAACGUACAUAUCACAGUGUGAUUCUAAAUAUUUUGUUUUCGAUUUAGAUUUGCAAGUUGUGGUCAUAUGUUUGUGUUGUAGUGAAUUCGACAUAAAAUAUCGUCCUUAUUGGUAAUGAAAUGAUUUUUAUUAACCACAGUUAAAUCAUCAUAUUAAUCCUGUCGCAUUUUUGUUUGAAAUAUUUUAUAUUUAGUACAAACUUAUUUGUAAACAUUAUUAAUUGAUAAUGUGUUAUUUUGUAAUAACCUGAUUCGUAUUUAUUAAAGUUCUGUUAUCAUAUAUAUAAUGCCCCCUUUCGAAGAAAAGGAGGCAUACAGUGAUCGGACUGUCCGUCCGUCUGUAUUUCCGUCACACUUUGAGUUUAGGUUUCAAAAAAUGCUCAUAACUUCUAUGUCCCUUGAGAUAUAACCUUCACAGUUGGUUUGCAUGUGUAUAUGGAGGAGGCCUUUCCAUAUGCACAAAAAAUUUUACCCCUGUGACCUUGACCUUGAACUUACGGUCCGCGUUUAGGUUUCAAAAUCUGUGUUUAAGUUUCCAAAAAUUCUCAUAACUUCUAUGUCCCUUGAGAUACAACCUUUAUAUUUGGUAUGCAUGUGAAUGUGGACGCGGCCUUUCCAUACGCACAAGAAUUUUCACCCCUGUGACCUUGACCUUGUACUUAGGGUCCGCGUUUAGGUUCGAAAUCUGCGUUUAAGUUUCCAAAAAUGCUUAUAACUUCUAUGUCCCUUGAGAUAUAACCUUCAUAUUUGGUAUGCAUGUGUAUAUGUACGAGGCCUUUCCAUACGCACACAAAUUUUCACCCCUGUGACCUUGAACUUUGGGUCCGCGUUUAGGUUUCGAAAUCUGCGUUUAAGUUUCGAAAAAUGCUCAGAACUUCUAUGUCCCUUUAGAUAUAACCUUUAUAUUUGGUAUGCAUGUGUAUAUGGACGAGGCGUUUCAUACGCACACAAAUUUUGACCCCUGUGACCUUGACCUUGACUUUAGGGUCCGCGUUUAGGUUUCGAAAUCUGCGUUUAGGUUUCGAAAAAUGCUCAUUACUUUCAUCAAAGCGUUUAUAGGGGGCAUAUGCCAUCCUAUGGUGACAGCUCUUGUUUUGUAUAUAUUUCUACUACUGUGACUGUUAAUCUGUUCAGUUUUGCAGAUCAAGAUUUAAUUUUGCUUUAAAAGAAAUAUUUGUUUUGAAACGUUGAUACUUUGAACAUCCUGUGACCUACAGACAUUGUUUCAUGUUGAUAUAAACAUUUUUAUCAAUCAUCAAAUUGUGAUUUUACUGAAAUGGGAACAACUUUGUGUGAUUUAAAAAAACUUGGCCAACUAGUCUUUUAAAUGAGAAUAUGUAUAUAUUGUUGUUCAUAAGUUUAAUUUUUUU